UUGUCACUGCAUUAGUGUGUGAAUGAAUGUGUUUAGGCGAUAACAGUAUUUUCCGGGAUUAUAGAAAGGUCAUAACAGGUCGGCCGAGGUGUUUGGAUUUAGUUGUGUAGUGUUUGGAUUAACUCUGCAACAUGUGGCAUUAUAACCAUAACUCGUACUACAACCGAAACUCACAUCAUCAAAUGCAUCAAUAUCAUGCUCACAAUCAUAGACCGUCGCCGGUAUGUACAUUUUGUGACACUGUCACCAUCCUCUGGAUUUACUACACUUUCAUUUAUAAAUGCAAAUCUUCAAUUUGUUUCACAGUAUUCCGUGCCAUCAAACUCCUUCGUCAGUGGAAUCACAUCUAUGCCUAGUCUUACACCUACCACCCUGGCCAACAUUGAGCGAACAUUUAUCGAACUACAGGCCGUGCCAGCGGUCAAUGCUUCAACGGGACAGGACCCCCACACCCAGAGUGGAUUCGUACCCCCCAUCGUUGACCCCGUUGUGACGUCAGAGCGGUCAAACGACGCCUACGGUGACUACGGUGACAGUAACUCUGCCUCCGACCCAGAAUGGGUGCCAGUAGCCAAGAGGUCAAGAAUUGAAUUGUCCGACGGAUCCAGUGCCAGCAAGUCCAGUGAUCCAAUGUACCCCCAGGUCACAACCUCCGUCCCCCCGGGCCGCAAAAGGCGUGGGGCAAGGGAUGUCAAACUUUCUCCUGAAGAAGAAGAAAGGCGACGCGUACGACGGGAAAGGAACAAAGUGGCCGCGGCAAAAUGUCGGCAAAGACGAGUGGACCACACAAACCGACUUACUGGGGAAACCGACCAAUUAGAAAGCGAGAGAGACGAUCUUGAAUCAGAAAUCCAACAACUUCAACAGCAGAAGGACCAAUUGGAGUUUCUACUUCAGGCUCACCAGCCUCUCUGUAAACUGGACGAAGGAUGUCGACAGCAGCACCAAAAUCCAUCGCCAUCAAUCACAAUGCCAUCCAAGGUGAAGGUGAAGAAAGAGCCCGGGGUGGACGGGACAUCAACAACCUGUCCCAUGGGAAAGGGAACAACAACCAGCACGACUGGAAUUAGACCUAGCUCUCUGGACAUCGUCAAAUCCGAGAGUCGUAAGAAGGUUUCCGUGACAAGUGCUACUGGAAUUCCCAUUACAACUCCCUCUAACGGAUUUUACUUUGCCAUGGAUAGCAUGGUUGACCAUACUGGACUGACCCCUAUCACUAACGGGCCUACGUCCAGUUGUGGGACCGAGGCCAACAGAACUACCAGUGAGAGCAGCUCGGAAAACGUGAAUUCUCCCACACUUAUUUCUCUCUAGAUCUCCACAACCAGAUCUGCUUCCAAGGACGCUGAUAAGGUGCAUUGAAAUGAGGAAAAAAAAGUUCUUGAUUUCUUAUGGAGUUUAUGAAAAUACGUUUCAUAUGUUCAUAAAAAUCGUGGAUUUAUGAGGAAAGAUCUAGUUCUAACUUGGUGUUUGACGUGCUUAUGUACUGCUGGACGGUUUGAUUUCGAGUACACAAACAUUUUAUUUCAAUUUUAAUGUAUUUAUUUGACAUUCGAGAGAAUGUGUGAAGGGGUUUCCUCUGCCAGUAUUAUUUUUGUUGUAUGUUGCGAUAAAGUCGAGUUGUACAUGUUCUAGUGUCGUGCUAUUUUAAUGGAUUUUAGUCAAUAGGUGGCGCCUUAUUCGUAACUAUUAUUAGUCUUGUUUGAUAUUUUUUAAGCUAUUUGUCACUUGCAAGCUUGAACCAAUAGCAACCGCUAUGGCCGUGUUUUGUUAAAGUUUUUAAAUGUGUUCAUUUUUUUCAGCUAAAUGAAGCCUUAUCCUUGUCACUACUUCUGUUUUCUGUUUCAAGUGUUGAUAAUUUUAAAACUAAUUUAGCUGAAUUAGUCUUGUUUGUACGUGCGGGUCACGUGACCGAGGUGUAAUACAUGCGUUUAUGUGUGAUAAUAUGAAAGUGUAAAUGUGGCCUAUAAAAUACCCGUCACCUGGGUAGAGUUUGACUUCCAAGCACAUAACAAGAUGUUGGUAACUUAUACAAGUAUUUUCGGUAUCUUAUAAAAUGUUUCCAGAACAUUUAAAAAUCCUGUAAAUCUUUGUGUUAACCGAAAUCAUAGUGGACCCGAUGUGAUAAAAUGUUUAUGUUUUAUUAUAUGGUCUGAAUUUUUUAUUGUUUAAAUAUUGUGUUCCGAGUAGGAUAUCUUGUUGAUCACUUGGUAUGGCCAACCUCUACCCUUGUGACCGAGUAUACAAGACAUGCAAUGCAAAUAAUAUUAUUACAAAAUCGUUACAAAUACGGCAUCAAUAUUACUGCUUCCAAUUUUUUUCAUGUUGUCCAAUUUAUGAAUUUUUGUACUGACAUUUUAUAGCAAAAUAAAAAAAAUAUAGAAAACAAACAUA